AUGGCAUCGCACGCUCCCGCAUCGACGGUCGUCGUAUCUGGCAUCAGUAGGUCUACCGCCAAGAAGCAGAUUGACGACUUUUUCAGCUUCUGUGGCUCCAUUACAAAGCUCGAGCUGUCCGAUGAUGAUGCCACUCACCAAAAGGCUCUCAUCGAGUUCUCUAAGCCCAGUGCCGCUAGCACCGCCGUGAUGCUUCAUGGAAGCUCGCUCGAUGGCGCUUACCUCUCUGUGUCGCUGGCUGGAGACGCUUCUGCUGCUGCCUCUACUCCAGCGGCUGCCGCCAGCACCUACCACGACGAUGCACAGCCCGUCGAACAAGAGGACAAACCCAAGACCGCCAUCGUUGCCGAGUACCUCGCUCAUGGCUAUACAAUCUCGGACGAGAUUACGAAGCGUGCCAUCGAGCUCGACAGCAAGCACGGCCUCUCCACCAAGUUCAGAAGAUACCUCUCGCAGCUCGACCGUUCUCUUGGCAAGCAGCUCGAAAAGGCCGCCCCUUCGGCCUCGACUGCCACCACUACCAUGACCGAGCACACUCCCAGCGGUCCUGCUGCCCUUUCGUCUGCUACUGAGAAGCAAGCUGCCGCUGUGCCCGUCCCCGGUGACGACGCUGGCGUUCAAGGUCCCAAGACCACCACCACAGUCCCCGAACUCACGUCGUCUACUACCGCUGCCGACAAGUACGACCCUUCUUUCACUCGUAACAUCCAGCAACGAGCACAAGCCGUGCUGCACAAGCCCGAAGUCAAGGCUAAGACCGAUCUCGUCUGGACCAAGCUGAGCGACUACUACAACGCCUUUACCAACCACCCUAAGAUUCACGAUUUCUACUCCAAAACUUCCAAGACUGUCGCCGACGUGCACGAAGAGGCCAAGCGCAUCGCCGAAAAGAAGAAGCAGGGCGGUCACACGGGCACCUCGGCUCCUCUUCCCUCCACCGGCGCAAAGCAGAUGAGUGUCUCUUGGCUCGUCCUCGGCCUCGUGCUGCUCUCGACUCUUUCGCUGAAGGGUGUCACUGCUCACGAACAUGGCGCCAUCUCCAACGAGCCGGCAGAGAUCGCCGGUUUCAAGCCGACCGACAUCGAGCACGAGAGCUACAUCCAGAGACACAUGCGCACCGAGCACCACAUCAAUGCUUUCAACCUCGGCAGCGCAUUUGCGCUCCACGACCUCGACCGCAACGGUGUGUUGGAUCGCUCCGAGAUCGAGGCCAUCUAUGGCGUCCACCAUUCCGAGUCCAAGAAACACUCUGCCAACCAUGAGGUGCACGACCAGAAGGCAGACAAGAUUGUUCGUGCCGUGCUUCUUGCCAUGGACACCAACGGUGACGACCUCAUCACCAGGAAAGAAUUUAUCGAUGCCGGUCCCAAUGGAUUGCCACUCUUUCCGGAAUUCAAGAUCGGCAGUCUUGGUCACCACUACGAUGAGGAGUCCGAGUUCUUUGUCCAUCACGAGGAGCUCUACCACAACACACCCGAAACCCAAACCGUCGAGGCGUACAACCACAAGGAGGAUAUCGAGCAUUUCUCUCACCACGAGGAGAUUGAAAAGGAGGAAGAGCAGCGCGAACGCAAGGCUGAAGGCCUGCCUUCAAUCGAGCAAGAGGAGCGACUCAAGAAGGAGGCUGCUGCACGGGGUGAAAAGUACGUGUCGUCUUACGAACAGCAGCUGACGGACGAGGAGAAGAAAAAGGCACAGCAGCAGCACGAUGAGGCACAGCUCGGCAAUGCCGUACACGAAGCAGAGGCGUCACAACACAUCUUCCGAACGCCCUCCGGCAAGCACAUUGUCAAGGAGAAGCAGAUGGUGUUCCAAGAUGUCGAGGUUGACAACGCCGGUCGUCCUGCUCAUCCGCAUGCGACCGAAAACAAGUCGACCAAGGCCGCUGCUGCCGACAAGCCGCACGAGGAGCGUCUGCCUCACGGCGUUGCUGACCGAGUACCCGGUGAGACUGAAGAAGGACGACGUCAGCGUCUCGCGGCUGCCAAGCUGGAAGCUGCUCGACGACCCUCUUACGGCCAGGGCGAAAAGGGCUUCGCGUACCCCAAGGACGAUAGCGACCGUAUGCGAAAGGGUGCGCCAUACAAGUACCGCGUCAAGAAACAGUCCUACUUUGGUGAAUUUUAA